AUGCACAAAGUUGGUCCUGUACUCUCUGUUACUCAUGGAAUUGGAAUCCCGUCCAUAUUAAUCAUGUUGCAUGAGCAAGUAAAGCUCCUCCGUCAUGCGCGUUGCACAAAUGUGACAAUCACACGCGUUGGGGCAUCAAGUGGAAUAGGGCUCGAGCCUGGCACAGUCGCCGUGACCGAGGAGUCUGCGGACGGCACGUUCGUGCCCAAAUUCGAGCAGCUGAUGGUGGUCCGCGACACCGACCUGGACCACGACCUGGCCGAGGAGCUGCUUCGGUGGGGCGGGGAGCUCGGCCAGUUCAACACGGUGAUCGGCGACACCAUGUGCACGCUGGAUUUCUACGAAGGUCAAGGCCGUUUGGACGGGGCUUUCUGCUUUUACAGGGAGAAGGACAGCCACAAAUACCUGUCAGGGUGAGAACUGAAAUCGGCAGAAUUUCUCCAGUGACGUCUUUUAAAAUGCACGUUUUCGUUGUCGUUGGACGAGCCGCCCAGCUCUCACGACGUCCUCCACGGCUACCAGCGGCUGCCUCCGAUCCUCGUGGGCUACGACAUCAAGAAGCAGCUCAAAGCGCUGAUACGACCGCACGUUUAUCAUCACUCAACUUUUUUUGCGUUCUCAACUGUGACUUCCUGACGUCUCGAAUUGAAAUGUCAAUGCAGAUUUUCCAUUGAUUCAAUGAUUUUUGC